AUGGCCACCUUGAGAGUAAGUUGUGUCUUGUGGCUCUCAGCAGCUUUGGUUGCUGUGAGUCUAUUUUUUAAGUGUGGAUUUCUCAAUACUGAACGAUCACUUCAACAAAUAUGUACGAAACCUGUCUUUGACAGUUUUACGCGUUUGAUAGAAGCCUUACUACGUGCACAAGGAAAGGUUUUUGAUAACUGUAUUGUAUUCAAUGAAGCGAAUUAUUCUCGGCGAAGACAAAUAUCUAUUCAAAGGCAAAUCACCACGAUAUGUCGGGCUAUUCUAAAUUUCGAACGGUUAUCUAAUGAAUCAAGUAUGAAGCAUAUUGAUGAUUGUUUCAUGGGUUUGACAGCAGCAGUGUUUCAUCGAGAAAGAAAAGAUUUCUGUAGUUAUACCGUGCUUAACGGAGUGAAUCAUUAAUUAUUCUCGCCGAAGUCAAACUUUUGGUAUCAUACAAUCAAACCUGCAUCUGUUGAUGCAAACAUGUUGCAAGGAAUUUAGUGAUAUUUUUUGCAAGGUCGGAAAUGAAUCGUUGAUACAAAAAGAACAGUUUUUGUUCUUGACUAACACCAUUUUAGAAUCAAGACGCUUCGAGAAUCAUGACCGAAUUUGCAUAUCUGAAGUGCUUCAAGCCUCUAAGGAAGUCUCCAUUGUGCCCUAUUUUAAUAACAACAAUAACAGUGUUUGUUCUGCGUCAAGCCUUUUAACGGGAAGACAGUGGUGCAAAUUGCCCUCAAUUAAGUUUAAAGUCUCUAAGUCGAAAUAUGCGAAAUCGAGGGUGACAUAUUAUUCUAACAGCGUUGCCAGCUAUCGAUUGCUUUUGAUUGCCGGUGAUGUCCAUCCUCAGCCUGGUCCCUCCGCAGCCGAGAAAACAAGGGUAAAAAAAACAACCGUCAAGUGUCCACAAUGUGAGAAAAUCGUUAAACGCAAUCACAAACGUAGUAACUCAUGGUUUAUCAAAAACGCCGGAGCUCAUGACCCGCGUAGUUGGACAUGUCCAGAGUGCACAUUAUCUGAGUUACCUUUCUUCAAUGUUAAGGACUUGGAAAUACUAGAAAGAAAAGGGAACGAACAGAUAAACUCAACUCUAGAUUCCGAAUUAGAAACGUUAGAUUUUAUUGCUGAAGCUUUGCGGAACCACCCCAAACAUCUCAGUAUUAUGCACCUAAACACGCAAAGUAUGGUUUCUUCAUUCAAUGAAUUUCAAACUCUUGUUAGUGAUUGUCCUAUGGAUAUUAUCACUAUGAGCGAAACCUGGAUUAAAGAAAAUCCCGCGCUAUUAGAUUAUGUCGCGCUUUCUGGAUAUACCGCUAUUUUCAACAGUCGUGACACGCGAUUCGCGGCGGCGGAGUGGGUGCAUGUAUUAGUAAUUCUAUCAAUUUCAAGCGCAGGAAAGAUAUUGAAAAUCUACAAACUGACUUUGAAAAUUUGUGGUUCGAAAUCCCUUGGCGGAACAAACAUAGUAAGGCCCUAA